AUGGAUAAAAACAACGGAAACAUUUUAUAAAAGCGAGUUCAAUUUGCUUCAAAUAAAGUUAACUCUCAAACCUUUAACAGGCUAGCAUCAAACGUUAAUGAUUAGAAAUUAAUAAGUGGACAUAGAGCUCUCUCAACGAAACAGGAAAUAGCCUAUCUUGAUAAGUUGAUUGAGAAGGAUUAGGGAUUAUUAAUUGUCAAUCCAAUAAUUGAUCAAGUAAUAGAGAGUGUUGUGGUCUAGGCAUAGAUUUAACACUAUGUGAGGGAAAACGUUUCAAGCUUUAUAAUUGAUUGGACUUUAAAUCAGGGCUUGCAAUUCAUAUUUUAGAAUAUAAGAAAAGAUCAUAAUUUGUAAGAAGCCUUGAAUGUAGAUGAUGACAUCAAUGAACCAAUAUAACCAGAAGUAGACGCACAUAUAUCCAAGGCUAAGAUCAACUAAAGAAUAAGACAGAUCAUUUCAGAUGCAAUAGCUGCAUAAGACUCACCUAAAAGACCUUCAUUGAAGCCUAGGUCAAUAUUUAGUCAAACUCCAAGUUCCAACCAGCUAAUGAGAUAAUUUACUAAAUAGCAAAGUUUGCUUAAAAUUGAAGUUGAAGAUAAGAUAAUUGAAGACGCCAGAAAAAGUCUGAUCAAAAGAAAAUUAGUAAAGGAAAAAUUCGAGAAAGCGAUGGUAGACAAUGAAACUCUAAAUUAAGGCAAAUUUAAGAAUCUUCAAUCUAAGAUAAGUAAUGAUCGUUACACAUUUGAUAUAAAUGGAAAUCUAGUUAUGACAAACAAAUUUAAUCCUGAAAAAUUAUCUUCAAGUGAGCCUAAUAAUUCAGUCACACUUGUGAAGGCUUCCUUCAAUAUUAAGUCACAGAUUCAAACUGAACCUAAAAAGCUUUAUGAAAACAUCAAACUUAGCAAGAAGAACUAACCAAAUUUUGGACUUCCUCCACUUAAUAAUUCCCAAUAAAGCUCUUAGUCCCAUUAGAGUAUGGCAGCUUUUGAAAAACCAAGAAGAGCUUAAAACUUACUUUUGUCGAGCAAUAAUAAACCUAAACUUUCUGAAAAUGAUAAUGAGUUAUUCAAUAAAUAUGCAACUAGUUAGCAGAUGUAAUAGUCAUAGGGAUAUACUAGAAUCUUUUCAUCAAGCCUCAGUCCUCCAAAGGAUAAAUUUAAUCUCAAAGCUGGAGUUGUUUAUAAGAGCAAUAUUAAUCAUGAGAUCAUAUAGGGACCAGUAUUUAGCAGUAGGCCAAGACAUUUAAGUAAACAGAAAUAUAAAAAUUUGUCUACUUCUAUAAUUCCAUCAAAUUUAAGGAAUGGAGAAAGUUAACUUGCUUCGAACAACUCUUUUGAUUUCGGAUCUUAAAAUCAGAGUUCAAUUAUAAAGUUAAAUCCAAUAACGUCAGUGUAAAUAGCCUAACUUAAUAAAAUCAAUUUCACCUCAGACAUGAAGAUUUAAGAAAAUAAUACAAGCUUAAUGAUUAGUAAUUUAGCUUAAUCUCAGAUAAUAGAUGAACCGAAAACAUUUUUACUUGAAACUGAAGAACUUAACUAUUAAGAUAGCAAAAGAUCCAAGGUUAGAUUUGCAAACGACUCAAAUGCCAAGAUAACUAUUUAAAUAUCUGAGAAACCUGAAAAUUCCUUAAUACAAAGCUAAUCUGAGAAAGCUCUUAGUUAGAAAGACUCAUCAAACUAGUAAAAAUUUUCAGACUAUCAAAAACUUAAAACUAAGAAAACUUAUAAGAGUCUGAAUUAAUCAAAAGAAAAUACUCCUAUAAAAAAGUCAUUAAACAACUCUUCAUAAAAUAAUGAAAGUUAAAUUAAGCCACCUAUAUCACUAGAUACUUCAUCACUUAAAACAUCUAUGGAAGCUUUUACUGUAAUUAAUAGCAUUUAAAACUCUACUAGUAAGCCACCUAAGCCUAAAAAACCAAAGAAAGAAUAUAAUUCGAAAAACUUAUAAACUCCACUAUGA